AUGACCAGAAGAAGACCGCAUCAGUCCCUCAAAACCUGCAGUUGUCUGUCCUCAUUGACAAGGAGCUCAACAAGCUGCUCGGUAAAGUCACUGUCACCCAGGGAGGAGUGCUUCCCAACAUCCAGUCUUUUCCUAAGUUGGCCCACAACCAUAAAGAGACCAGCAUCAGCCCCCAAAACCUACAGUUGGCUGUCCUCAAUGGUGAGGAGCUCAGAUUGCUGGACGGUGGAGUCACCAACACCCAGGAAGGAGUCCUGUCCAACAUCUAGUCCAUCUUCAAGUUGGCCCAUAACCACAAGAAGACCUGCAUCAGCCCCCAAACCUUACAGCUGUCUGAGGAGCUCAGAUUGCUGGACGGCGGAGUCACCGUCACCCAGGGAAGAGUCCUACCCAGCAUCCAGUCUAUUCUCAAGUUGA